AUGCCUCCCGCGGCUCCUCCCAAGACAAACAUUAUCAAUGUUUUCGCUCGAUGGCGGCGGCUCGCUCAAUCGGAAGCUGCAGAGGGCACAAUUGAUUACAGCACAAGUUCCACGGAUUCCCACGGCCUUUUGUCAGUAUCCAUAAGCGGAGGGAAUUCAGGGUCAACUCAACCAUGGACGAGCCCCCCAGCCUUCAACGCCAUCUUCAACCCCGAAGACGACAACGGCAAGGUUUACAAGUCCAUUGUGGCGCCUGCCAUACCUCAUGUUCUGCGAGGGGGGAGCUGCAACUUCUUCGCAUACGGCCACUCUGGGAGCGGCAAGACACACACCAUUAUCGGCUAUGAUUAUGAAGACGAGAGAGAGCUCGGGCUUUGUCUCGCUGCUGCUCGGCAACUUUUCAAGGUCAUCGACGAUCUGAAUGCGAAGAACGCUGGAGAGAAGCUGGGAGUCGGCUUCAGCCUGUUUGAGAUGCGCAAGAAGUCGGCCUUUGACCUUCUCAACCGGCGCACCGAAUGCCACGUCAGAGAAGGCCACGAUGGCAAAGUCCACAUUCGCGGAGAAACCGAGAUGCUAGAAGGUGGAAAAGUCAGAGUCUGUCCGAUUGUCAAGCGACCCUGCUGGAGCUACGAAUCUUUCCGACAGGAGCUGACGCAGGCCAUUGGCACUCGAGCAGUGGGCUCGUCCAGCGUUCACAACCAGAGCUCCAGAACUCACGCAAUCUUGGAGUUGGAGAUCAUCUGCCAGUCGCUCGUGGAUGCACGCCAGGCUGUAGUUGAUCGACAGUCGGAGCUCGUCCCUGUAGGGAAGCGGGCGACGGACAUUAGCAUUGAAGAGCAGAUGAAGGCUCUCAUUCCCCUUCCUGGAGGGAAAUGGGCCCCCAAUCCUGAUUACGAGAUGAAUCAAGAGCGAAUUGAUGCAGCUGAAGCUGAAAAGUCUGAGCACGAACGUCGAGUUGCUGUUGCAGAAGAGCUUGUCGACAACAUUCUCAAGUCAUCAGCGACCCCUUGUUUAGGUGCCAAGAUGGUAUUUGUCGACCUUGCUGGCGCCGAGUAUCACCAGGAGAAGGGCGCACAACAACUACAAAUACCGAAGCAGACUCCUCAAGAGCGCCAGGAGGGUCGCCAAAUCAAUACAGAUCUGUUAGCACUAAAGGAGGUCAUGAGAGCCUGGGCUACGAAUCAAUCGAGAAUACCAUUCCGCUCGUCAGCUCUUACAAUGGUACUUCGUGAGCAUUUCUUGAGCUCUGAGAAGGGAAAUUCUACCAUGAUUGUCACUGUCUCGCCUGCCAAGGAGCAAUAUGCAGCUACCUUGAAUUCCUUGAAAUAUGGUAGUCUUGUUGGGGUUACAAGGGCUUAG